AUGUCUCGCCGACGCCCAAAUUUCUCGACUCGCACCCCCGAAGAAGAUGUCGCACGCCUUGAUCCGAACGAUUCUGAGGGUGCUGCCCCUGCAGAAAGAGCUGGACUGUUACACUGGCCGCCAACUCUCUGGUCCCGACACCAGGGAGUGACCUCGACUGAGCCGGCAGAGCACCGUCGACAUUUGGUACAGAACCCGUUUCACGGGAUAUCGGAAUGGUGGAAUAAGAAGAAAGACCAUGGACAAGGACAAGAGGACGCUGGAGUGGAAGGACUGUCCACGUUGGCUGGUCCCUUUCGAGACAACAGCGCAGACAGAAAGGACAAACACAUGCAUAGGUCUCGUUCGUUUGAGGAGACGAAGAAGCUCGGCACAUUCUCGGGCGUGUUCGUGCCGACGAGUUUGAAUGUCUUGAGUAUUCUGAUGUUCCUUCGUUUCGGAUUCAUCCUAGGCCAGGCUGGAUUACUGGGCAUACUAGGACUGCUUGCGCUUUCAUAUCUGAUCAACUUGGUCACUACCAUGUCUCUCUCUGCCAUUGCAACAAACGGUACUGUCCGAGGCGGCGGUGCAUACUACCUCAUUUCUCGCUCCCUGGGCCCCGAGUUCGGUGGCUCUAUCGGAGUGGUUUUCUACCUGGGACUCGUCUUCAACACUGGCAUGAACGCGGUCGGCCUGGUAGACUGCUUCACACAAAACUUUGGAACCGUGUCGGGUACACUGGGUCAUUUUCUUCAGGAGGGCUUUUGGUGGCAGUACCUUUGGGGAACUGUGGUUCUCGUUCUCUGCACAGCCAUUUGUUUGGCAGGAAGCUCGAUUUUUGCUCGAGCCAGCAACGGCCUUUUGGUUCUGCUUCUCAUUGCAACCUUCAGCAUUCCACUAUCUGCUAUCCUGAUGAAGCCGUUUAAUUCCCCAGUGGACAAUGUCGUAUUUACCGGCCUUAGUUGGCAGACCUUAAAGGAGAACCUCACGCCUCAAUUGACAAAAGGUGCUGCGGGCAGCCAAUUGAAGGGGCGAGAGACUUUCCAAGAUCUUUUUGGCAUUUUGUUCCCCGCCACUGGUGGUAUCUUUGCAGGCGCGAGUAUGUCGGGAGACUUGAAGAAUCCUAGCAAGUCUAUUCCGAAAGGAACUCUUGCCGGUCUCGCCCUGACAUUCGUAUCAUACUUGCUUGUCAUUUUGGCCAUGGCGGCCUCUAUCACUCGACAGUCUUUCUAUAAUAACGUAAAUGUUAUUCAGAUCGUCAACUACUCCGACACUGUCAUCCUUGUUGGAGAAUUUGCGACCUGUUUCUUUUCCGCACUUAUGGGAGUGAUCGGCUCUGCCAAGCUCCUCCAGGCCAUUGCCCGUGAUAGCCUCCUUCCAGGAGUCAACUUUUUCGGUCAAGGCACGAAGAAAAACGACGAGCCUAUUUACGCUAUCAUAGUCACGUUCAUCUUCUCACAGCUCACCAUGCUGUUUGACAUUAAUCAAAUUGCCUCAUUCGUGACCAUGACUUACUUGAUGACGUUCUUGGUCACCAACUUGGCCUGCUUCCUGUUGAAGAUUGGAUCUGCUCCUAAUUUCCGGCCCUCGUUCCACUACUUCAAUUGGCAGACUGCAGCUGCUGGCACGCUUGUCAGCGGGAUUAGCAUGUUCUUUGUUGACGGGUUGUAUGCUACGGGCUGUGUUGGUAUUCUCGUCAUGCUCUUCCUGCUAAUUCAUUACUCUUCGCCCCCGAAAGCCUGGGGUGAUGUCAGUCAAAGCUUGAUUUAUCAUCAAGUACGCAAAUAUUUGCUCCGCCUGAAGCAAGAGCAUGUCAAAUUCUGGCGACCGCAGAUCCUGCUUUUUGUCAGCGACCUUGACCGUCAGUACAAAAUGGUCUCAUUUUGUAAUUCGCUGAAGAAAGGAGCCUUAUUCGUUUUGGGCCAUGUUCUCGUCACGGACGACUUCUCGACGGCGGUUCCAGAGGCCCGUCGACAACAGACUGUCUGGACAAAGUUGGUCGAAUACUCUAAAAUCAAAGCCUUUGUCAACGUUGCCGUUUCUCCGGCUGCAGAAUGGGGUGUGCGGAAUAUUGUCCUCAAUUCUGGAUUGGGAGGCAUGCGACCAAAUAUCGUUGUGAUUGAUCAAUACCGUGAGAAUCAAUCGUUGGUAGAGACCAUCUCUGUUGGCAACCACCGCCGGGAAUCCUCGAAGUCGAGACGUCGUUCUUCUCUUUUCGGCUCGCAGUAUGAAGACCGAGCCGAAGAUGCCCCAAGCAAGGGAAUGACUUGUCAAAGCUAUGUCACUAUUCUCGAGGACCUCUUGUUCAAUCUUCGUAUCAACGUUGCUGUCGCCAAAGGAUUUGAAGAUCUCGAGCUGCCUGAUCCUCAUGGGCGUCAUACGAAAAAAUACAUCGACUUGUGGCCAAUUCAAAUGUCUGCGGAAAUUGGCGCGGACAGCGAGAGCAAGCAAAAUGUGCUGACAACCAAUUUCGAUACCUACACCUUGAUCUUGCAACUGGGUUGCAUCUUAAACACCGUCCCCUCGUGGAAGAAAACCUAUAAAUUACGCGUUGCUGUGUUUGUCGAGUAUGAAACUGACGUUGACGAUGAGAGAGGCCGAGUGGAAGCUCUUCUUGACAAGCUUCGCAUCCAAGCUGAAGUUCUGGUCUUUUGGCUCGCCUGCGGCGAUGUCAAAUCAUAUCGAAUCAUUGUCAAUGGCGAUACCUCACCGGACAUGGCUGUCGCUCAAGACACCGUCCACUCCGUAUUGAAAGAUGAGGACUGGUGGCAAGGACUUCUUCGAGCUCGCAACAACCCACAGGGCUCCGCGGAACAGGGCCAGGGUAAGGACGACUUGCCCCGGUUGGAUCGAGUCGCGACCUGGCAAGGCCCAGCCAGCCAAGAGAGUGGAAACAAGAUCUUGAACCAACGAGUGACGGGCUUACGAAGGUUAAUCCAGCGACGCAGGGGAUCCGUGUCUAGCUUCAGGACUUUGGGAAAUGUGAAUCUGGGCAUGCAGACCCACCGCUUGCUGGAUGCGUUUGUCGACUAUGACGGGAACAAUCUGUCCAGCGAAAGCAGCAGCGACGAGAGCGACCUGGAACCCUAUAUCAGCGACCCCGAGAUCGACGAAGCAGACGACGAGCGUGAAGAGGAUGACGAGGACGUGGCCAGCAGUCAACCAGGGAACGAGAUCUCCCCCGGCCCCUCGCGAGUCGGUCUCGGUGGUCGUACUAAGAGCGAUGACCGUAGCUCAACUGGCUCGGGAAUAAACCCGUUUACUCGCCCACCAGCACGAUCAAGUGUCUCAGUCGGUCCCACGCCAACAAUCCACCAGCCCAUACCGUCAAUCAUCGCCUCUGGCGACAGUGCUUCACCAAAGAGCAAAUCCCCAGCUCCCCGCCCACCCCUCAGCCGCUCGGCCUCCAGCAACCGGUUCAGCUCCUCCCCCAUCCCCGAAGCAAAAGUAAACACCGACGAAGGAGCCGGCCCAUCAAUAAUGUUCGCCGCCAACGCCUCUCCUCCCCGAUUCUCCCAAAAACUCGAAUCCAUCUACGCUCGGCGCCAGUCUGCAGUGUCGCCGACUUCUCCCAGCGCUCAGACCAAUCAACCCGCAUCAGGGUUCCCCGGGUCUGCUUCGGUCCCGCUGGCAUUCAAUGACCUGCCCAGUCGGGCACAGCAUUUGAUAUUGAACGAGUUGAUGGUACAGCAUAGCAGCGAGACGGCGGUGAUUUUCACGACCUUGCCUUCUCCGGUACAUGGUACGUCGCAUAGUGAGCAGGAUUGUGCGUCGUAUUUGAGUGAUUUGGAAGUGCUGUGGCAGGGUCUGCCGCCGUGUCUGUUGGUGCACAGCAAUAGUAUGACUGUGACGAUGAACUUGUGA